AUGAAGGAUCCGUUCGUACCCUCUCAGAAUGCCGGUCUCAAUGCAUUCAUGUUCACCCAACAGUAUUUCAACGCCGAGGAGAUAGCGACACGAAUCAUACCAGAGAUCUCGAAAUCACUGAUCAAACCCGACAAAUCCAUUAGAACAACUGCACACCAGGCAAUCAAUCUAUUCCUAAAGAAAGUUGAAACAAUGAUGGCGAAUGUUCCCGAUGAGAGUUCUCAAGGUAAUGGUGGACAACAGGCAAAUCAGCAAGCAGCAUCACAAGAAGGAAUGUUGGGAUGGGCAAUGGGAAUUACAAAGAAAUAUAUUGCAACGGACUCACCUGUUUCUGGUUCGAUACAAAGCAAUCAACAACAGCAACAACAACAUCAAUCACAAUUUAAACAACAACAAAAUAAUUCAUACUCAUCAUCAUCAAACACUUCUUCGAAUGUUAAUCAAUCUUCUUCUUCCUCUAUUUCCUCUUCUUCAAAUGUCAACAAACCAUAUCAAAAUAAGAGUAGUAGUAGUGGUGGAUAUAGUAGCAGUAAUAACAGCAGUCAUAGUAGUAACACUAUGAAAUCACAACAGAAACCAACACAGAGAUCAGAUGGUUGGGAUGAUAAUGACGAUUUAGAUUUCGGUAGUAACAAUAACAAUAAUGAUGAUGAAAAUGAUUACGACGAAGAUGAACAUGAAGAUGUUAAAUAUAAAUCACCAACUACUACUUCCUAUUCUAGUAAACCAACGACACCAUCAUACUCUCACUCCUCCUCGACUUCCACCUCAUCAAAUGUAAAACCAACAACUACUUCAUCUAACACAUCACAUUCAUCAUCCUCAUCAUCAUCAUCAUCAAACGAACAACAAAAGAGUAAAGGAAUGCAACUAUCAUCGAAACAACAAACCAAAGUAGCAACCAACAAACUCUCGAAAUUCUCAUUUGACGAAGAUGAAGAUAAUUCAAAUUCCAAUUCGAAUUGGGGUGAUCAUGUGACAUCUCCACCAACAACAUCUACAUCAUCGUCAACAAAUAACAAAUCAUCGUCAGUUUCAACAUCGUCAGGCUGGGGUGAUGGUUGGGAUGAUACAGACCCAGUUGUUACACCAACAACUCCAACAACUCCAACAAAAUCAUCAUCAUCAUCAUCCAACACAUCAAUUAAAUCACUAAAGAAAACAACUACGGCAACAUCGAAAACAACAACAACCUCUAAAAGUAACGCUGGCUUUGAAGAGUGGAAUGAAUGGUAA